AAGAACAUCUGCUGAACAACUUGGUAUUCUGUCAGUCACGUAAAUUACCCGUGAAAUCCGUAGGCGCCACGGAGUCAGAUGUGGGACUCGUCCGGAUUCUGAAUUGCCGGCCCAGAUUUUUGGACUCGCGAUGGCUUACACUUCUAUGACUAUGAUGUCUCUUCAGUGGUUCUGUCUUUUAGUGUGCAGUACGACUGUUUUCUCUGCCAAUGUAAAUGAACAGGCACUCGUCACCGCAAGAAAAGCGAAUGUGACGUUUCCCAUUCCUGCCGGGUCUUCGUCCGUUUCGUUUGAAUCAGGGGGCGGUAGUUACGGACACAUGCCACCCGACGACCCUGGUUUGCCUCCGCGCCCGCGUCAUGGAUUUUUCAUGGAGGGAGAGCACAUAACCGCGGCAUUCUACACCCUUCUCGACCUGACCCGGACUAUUUUUCACUUAACAGACAUGUUUUGGGAUCUGCUACUUUCUACCUGGCGUUUUAUUUUACGUUGUACGACUACAGUUUGUUCCCUGGCUGUACCAAGUUCAUCCCGGCACUCAGGUGAAGCCCGUUAUGGAACGGUCUUGUUCGUGCGUCCGCCCGUAGGACCAGUGGCCCAGAUUCAUGUGACAGAAGAAGACUCUCUCGAAUACAUCCAGGAAGAAAUAUCACAUGUAACCGGUAUACCAAGUGGAGCGUACAAAAUAUUCAAGAACAGCAAAGAGGUAAGUUGUCGUAACUUUAUUUAUGUAGUUUUCCCAUUCAGUUAGGUGACGAGUUCAA